AUGGACCACCCCGUGGCCACACGUCCUCGUUUCGCACCAAUCUCGGUCGGCCACGCCGGUGUCCUUGUGCAUAUCGUGCAAUGCUUUCGCCACUCCCCUACGCUGCUCGCCGCGCUUCCUAUCUUUCGCUCCAUUUCCAUGAAGUUCCGUCGCGAGCUCGACGCGGUGCUACGCAACGCGACGAGUGAGUCAACGACGAUGCCGCACGCAGCCACGAUCGCAUUCGUCUCCAAAUGGGGCCACAAAAUCAAGUCCAUCGUCGUCAAGUUGCGGUUGCUACCCGAUGCGAUGGACGCUUUCCCGCGCCUUGUCCGCCUCUGCACAGGCCUCGACUCGAUCGUGGUCUACGUCGACAAAUCGCAUCCGGCGAUUGUCGCAGCGACGAUCCGCGCGGCCCAGCACGUCAAACGCAUGAGUCUUGUAUCGUACAAAGCCGACGGGUACACCAGCGGCGACCUGCAACCGCUCUUGGCUGCAUGGCUCGCCUCCGGGCAUGUGACGCAUCUGUACCUCAAGAACAUCGCAUGCCAUGCCUCUCUCGGCCUUGCUCGAGCGAUUGCAGCUGCGACGUCGCUCGCGAGUUUCAAGCUUAACAACGCCCCUGGCUUGCUACAAGGCCUCGUGGAGGCUGCUAUCCCGCUCAAGGCCCUCAACGCGCUGCGCUUAACGCUAGACGAGGACGAAGCGUUUGCCGAACCGUUCUUGACCAACUGGAUCGACCUCUCGGCGCUUCGAACGCUCGAAGUCCUCUCCGUCAACGAUUUGGACUUGACGUAUGUCCUGGCGCUACUACCGCAUCUUCUGACGCUUGAAGAGCUCACGCUCAACUUUUGUGUGCUGCACGCCGUGCCGGCAGCACCGGCGCCGAACAGCCUGCGGACGCUGAACGUGUCGUACUGCCACAUGAACGACGAGACGUGCCUAAGUCUCCUUGCUUGGGCGUCGCAGUCGCCGUGCCUCGAGACCAUUACGCUCAACAUGUGCCGCACGGUGCGCAGCAAGCCUGAGCUUUUUGGCCGCUACCUUCGCCGAUGGAUCAUGAGCGGCGUCUCACAUGUCGUCCUCGACCGCUGCGUGUUGGACAAGAAGAACAUCAUUGCGAUUGCGACGGCGCUCCGCCACUCGAGCCGGUCAGCGCCGUUUACGCUAUCGCUGGACUUCGAAGAAUUUGGUCUCGAGUCAUACCGCACGCUCUUGGAGGCACUCGCCACGUGCACCGGCGUUGGCCUCCACGGACACGGGUCGACUUUAACCAACGCCGACGAAUGCGUUCAAAUUGAACAUUGGGUCUGGGAGCUCGAUCUGCGCUACGACAAACGUGACUAUGUCCUGCUCUUUUACAGUCCCUCGUAG